UGUACCUCACAAAAAUGGCGCCCAGUCUAAUGUCCCGAGCUGUGGGUUUGUUUCAGCUCAGCAGAGCUGCUUUACUGCACCGGACUCGUUUUUACUGUCAGACUCUAUCGGAGCCGCUGACAGUGACGCAGCAGUCCAGCGGAAUAAGGAGGAUAAUCUUGAACAAUCCCAAAAAGAGGAAUGCUCUGUCACUGUCCAUGCUGGAAUCUCUUCAAGAGAACAUCCUCACUGAUGUGGACAGUGACGAUCUCAGGGUCAUCAUCAUAUCAGCCAGAGGUCCUGUGUUUUCAUCUGGACACGACCUGAAGGAGCUGACCUCAGAUCAGGGUCGGGAUCAUCACACGCGGGUGUUUGAAACCUGCGCGCAGGUAAUGUCUCUGAUACAAGAUAUACCCAUCCCAGUCAUUGCCAUGGUGAAUGGUGUUGCCACGGCUGCAGGGUGCCAGCUUGUUGCUAGUUGUGACAUUGCCGUGGCAACCGAGAAGUCCACCUUUGCUACACCCGGCGUUAACUUGGGCCUAUUCUGCUCAACACCGGCGGUGGCUAUCGGCCGAGCAGUGCCAAGGAAAGUUGCCAUGGAGAUGCUCUUCACGGGGAUGCCGAUCUCAGCCCAUGAUGCUUUGCUGCACGGUCUGAUCAGUAAGGUGGUUCCUGUGGAGCAGCUGGAGGAGGAGACGUUGGCCAUCGCCCAGCGGGUGUGUAACGCCAGUCGACCUGUCGUUGCCCUUGGAAAGACCGCGUUCUACAGGCAAAUGGCUCACAGUCGCGAUGCCGCAUACAUCACUGCCUCCAAGGUGAUGGUCGACAACUUGGCUCUCAGGGAUGGACAAGAAGGAAUCAGAGCAUUCAUAGAGAAACGGAAACCGGUUUGGAGCCACAAAGUAGAGAAUGUUCACGACUGACGGACGAAAAGAGAAGAACAUCAACACGUCAGACCCCCCAGUCGACGUGACCUUUUGCAUCCUUGCCCCCGAGCUGCCGGUUCGUCUCCGGUGGUGAGAGUGAUGUCGACUUUGACCAACUUCCAUGUCACACUGGAAUUAAAAUGCCUCUCUGUCCCCCGGUUUGUCCAUCACUGCUGCUCCUCGCCGUGCUGCAUUCAGGCGACGUGGGAUUU